AUGGGAGAAGCCCCAGCAUUCUUUGUUGAUGUGCUGCAGAAGGGAUAUGGAAAUGGAUUUGAUAUAAAAUCCAAAGGCGGUGAAACAGCCAUUCUCAUGGGCAACAGAACUUAUGUGAUUGGUGGAGCCUGUGAGGAAUCGCCAUUGUCAAUUGGAGUUCAGAUUUUUGACCAAUCUACUGGUGAAUGGAUAUAUCCUACUGUGUUGGGAACAAAACCCAAAACAUGUAAGGGCCUUUCAGCAGUGCUUUUAAGUGAAGACCGAAUAUUGAUUACUAAGAAUGGUUCCACCCCAGACGAUUUUGCUUGGUUCCUUGAGGUGGACACCCAAUAUGUGAGGCAGCAGAAGAAAAUUUUGGGCACUGACGUGGUUGCCUGGAGUAAGGGUGUGAGGGGCUAUGCUGAGAAGCCAAUUGUUAUUAGUGGUCCUUCUGGGGUGGGUAAGGGGACACUAAUAUCCAUGCUCAUGAAAGAAUAUCCCUCCAUGUUUGGGUUCUCUGUAAGCCACACAACCCGUGCUCCUAGAGCUAUGGAGAAGGAUGGGGUCCAUUACCAUUUCAUUGAGCGAAGUUCCAUGGAGAAAGAGAUAGAAGAUGGGAAGUUCCUUGAGUUUGCUUCUGUGCAUGGAAAUCUCUAUGGAACUAGUGUUGAAGCAGUAGAAGUGGUAGCAGAUGAUGGGAAGAGAUGCAUUCUUGACAUUGAUGUUCAAGGUGCAAGAUCCGUGAGGGCUAGUUCACUGGAAGCUAUCAUCAUCUUUGUAUGUCCACCCUCAAUGGAGGAGCUUGAGAAGCGCCUUCGUGCAAGGGGAACUGAGACAGAGGAACAGGUCCUAAAGCGACUUAAAAAUGCCAAGGCCGAGAUUGAGCAAGGGCAAUCGUCAGGCAUCUUUGAUCAUAUGCUGUAUAAUGAUAACCUGGAAGAGUGUUACAAGAGUCUUAAGAAACUCUUGGGGCUAGAUGGAACUGUCACUGCUCCUCCUAAGUCAUCUCCUAAAGUGGUUGAUCUGCCUAUGGACCAUUCAGUAGCCAAAAUUGAUCACAGAAUCAUCAUAAACUCUAAAACUCCGGAACUGGGAAAAGCAUCUACGAACAUGAUUGUGCUGGAUGUGUCAUCCCUCAAAGGAGGGGGCCCUGGACGGACUAGAGGGCUAGACAUUUAUACCAUGGACUCUUUUUUGGAUGGUUUGGCUGGUAUCAAUCACUAA